AUGAUUAAUAGGGAUCAUAAUAGAUUAUUAUUAGUGAAUUUGGGAGAUUUGUUUAUUGUAAUUGCAUUUAAUCUUAUAAAUAUCUUUGUUAUUAAUCACGGAGGUGAACAAUUAUCAAUAGAAAAACCAAAAACAAAUAAAAAUAAAGCGACAAUGAAUUAUUUCGAAGCUAUAGCAAUAAAGGAUCACAAGGCAAUUCAUCCUUCACAAUUGUCAUUUAAGAAGGGUGAAACUAUAUUGGUAUUUGAAACUGCACCAACUGGAUGGUGGCGUGGAGAAUUGUUUGGAAAGAAAGGUUUGUUUCCCCAAUCGUUUGUUGUAUACAACAAAGAACAAUAUGGUGAGAAUCCACUCGGAAAUAAUAAUAGCAAUGCCAGUACAAGCAAUUCAUCAUCAUCUUCACCAGGAAUCAUACCGACAACUAACACCAAUUCACAAACAUCCAGUCCAACCAUUGUAAAUUCAAAUGUAAACCAUCAUCAUCAUCAACAAAACAACACACCAAUUGUGGUGACAACAAGCACAACUUCAAAUGUCCAUAGUAAUAAUAGUAUUGGAUCAUCUCCACAUUCCGCUGCAUCGAUAAUAGAUUCAAUUGAGGAUGACUUUGAUGAGAUCGACCGUAUCAUCCAAUCGACUUCUCCACAUGCCAGCUCACCACCUCAACUCAAAAGAAAUAAUGCUCCACCACCCAGACAGAUCUACAAUACCAUAUCACCAAACUCACCUAUGCUCUCUGCCAAGCCAGAUCCAUCAAUCAAGCUAUCGCCACGAUUCAACAUCACAAGAGAUCAGAUAGUCGAUAGUCUUCAAGGUUUAAACAACGCAACAAAGUUAUCCAAUUCCAACAGCAGCAGCAGCAGCAACAACUCAACCUCAACAACAACAAAGACAGCUGCCAAUACUCACAUUCGUAAAACAUCAUCUCCACCUGGAGCCAUCUCAGAAACUCAACCAAACACAACUCAACCCGAUGAAAGUCAUCUCUCCUCAAAAUCGACCAACAAUGCUUUUCUCAACAUCAACAAUAUCCAUAAUCAUAGCUCAAGCUCGCUUGGAAACAGCAGCAAUGAAAUCGGACGACUCGAGACAAAUGUCACCGAUAGCAGUAGCAGUAGCAGCAACGACACCAGAUAUAGAACGCUGCCAAGUGCAUCAGCAGCAGCCAUGAAAGUUAGAAAACCCAUCUCCAACAUCCUCAAUAACAGAACCACCGGAAAGAUAUCGAUUAACGACGUCAACACCGAUACACCCUAUUAUAUUGGACGUGCCGUCCUGCCGUAUGCCAAACAGGCAUACGAUGAACUGGCGAUCAACACCGACGACCUGAUAGUUGUGUACAACAGUCGCGACAUCGAAGGCGACUGGUGGGUAGGCAAGCUAAAGAACGUAUUCGGUGUAUUCCCAAAGACUUGCAUCGAAAUCAUCAGUGAGAUACAACGAUCCAGUAAAGAUUCAACACCUACACAAUCAUCACCUUCAUUACAAUCACAACAACAACAACAAACACCACCAAAUAAAACACCAACAAUGACACCACUUAAAAAUAUUAAUAGUAAUUCGACACCGACUACACCAAUAGUAGCAGCAGCAGCAGCAGGAACAACAACAACAACACCAACAAUAACACCUGAGGAACAAGCGAUCGCCGCCAAAAUAGAGGCAUCGUUCUCACAGUUCAAGACAAUGGAAGACAUGCUUGAAGCAGUAAAGAACUUGGCUGUCAAAUUCGUUCGACAGACAUCGACAUUGAAACAAGAGUUGGAACAGGAGCGAUUGAAAUACGAACAAGAAAAGACUUUGAGAGCUGCAUUCGAACGUGAACUAAUGAUAAUUAAAAAUCAAAAAUAA